CGACCUCAGGCGCACCGAGACGCGCAGGGGAGCCGCAGUCGCAUCCACCAUGGCGCUAUCAAAUGUCCUCGGAACUCCUGCAGCUGGCUUUAAUUUCGUUAACGCGGCGAGAAAUGCUGCGUUGGAGGGUCUUUUUGAAGGAGGACCGAGACCUAAACCCCUGAAAACCGGCACCACCAUAGCAGGAGUGGUGUUCAAGGAUGGGGUGGUUCUGGGAGCAGACACGAGAGCUACUUCCAGUGAAGUGGUGGCCGACAAGAUGUGCGCCAAGAUCCAUUACAUUGCUCCAAAUAUAUAUUGUUGUGGAGCCGGUACAGCAGCAGACACAGAGAAGACCACGGAGCUUCUCUCCUCCAACCUCACCAUCUUCUCGCUGAACAGCGGGAGGAAACCUCGCGUCGUCAUGGCCGUCAACAUACUACAGGAUAUGUUGUACAGGUAUCGUGGUCAAAUUGGCGCCAGUCUUAUACUGGGAGGAGUAGAUUGCACUGGGAACCACCUGUACACGAUCGGCCCUUAUGGGAGCGUAAAUAAGGUGCCUUACCUUGCGAUGGGUUCUGGGGAUCUGGCUGCUCUUGGGAUUUUAGAGGACGGUUUCAAACCCGAUAUGGAGCUGGAGACGGCCAAGGAGCUGGUGCGUGCUGCCGUCCACGCGGGCAUCAUGAGCGACCUCGGCUCAGGCAACAACAUAGACAUCUGUGUCAUCACCAGACAAGGGGUGGCCUAUAUCAGACCCUACCAGGAGUCAGAGUACAAAGACGACAGGAAAAUGAAAUACAAAUAUCGUCCAGGCACGACACCGGUUCUGACAGAGAAAGUAGUCCCCUUAAAGCUGGAGGUUGUACAGGAGACCAUGCAGCAGAUGGAUACAGCCUGAGCCACGAUGCACAAUCACACCGCAGCGUUUAGCAGUGGACAGGAAAAGUCUAUUUAAUGUCAUUGCACUAUUAUUCACCCUGUUUUAAAUAUAAGUAGUGAAAAGUCUCAGACAUUUGAUCAUCAUUGGCCACCCUGCGAUGUGGAACAGUUCAGAAACUCUUUAAUACUGCGGUGCUACACUAAGCAGGGAGGCUGCUACAAGGCCACAAUGAGAAGAUAGCAACAUGUUUUUACAAUAUGGAAUAAUAACUAAAAGAAAACACUGAAUAA